AUCUUCUUGCACCUUUUUCCUUUCUUUUUUCCAUACUUAAUGCUAAAGUUUGCAUUUUUAUUCUCAAAUAUGAAAGCCCAUUAUUUCAUUUUUAUUAUUCAUAUAUAGUUCAAAUUUUUAUAUACUUACUUGUAUAAUAUCCAUAUUUAUGCUCUAGGUAUCUCAAGUUGUAUGAUAAUUUGGUAUCAGACUUGAGUGUGUUACCAUAGAAAAUAUGUUGUAGGGUUCAAUUUCACUUAAGAGUGUUUGAAUCUGAUUUUAAUUUUAAGUUGGACCUAACUGUUUAACCACUAAUUAUUAAUUAGACCAAAUAGCAAUGGAAUUGAUUUUUUGAAAUAGGACUUUUUUUUAUAUUUUUUUGCUAUGUUAGAAGUUUAAGGUCAAUAGCAUUUCAAAUUGAUUCUUAGUGUUCAAUUCUUUAAUAUACUGUUUGAUUACUUUUGCUGGAGCAAAAGAAAGAGAUAUUGGUAAUGGUUUAGUCUUUAGGUAUUUCAUGUAUAUUUUUUAUGUGUAGAUAUCAAUAUCGUUAAAGAGCGGUGCAAUAGCGUAGCAGAAUUUGAACAAAUCAAUAUUGUCAAAUAGCAGCGUUAUAACCCUAUUGCGUAAUAGAAUUGGAAUAACUUUCCAUUUUCCGCGAUUCAUGGUUGACAACACCGGAAAAAAUGCAUAUUUUGUGCCACAUCCUUUGUAUUAUAUUUGCAGAAUGGACUUGAAGAAUCUACUAAUGCUGAUGUUAGUGUUUCUUUGAAUGAAGUUUCUAGCGGUCAACCUUAUCCACAAGAAGAUGCUAAUGCUAUUCCAAACAUGUAUGAAACCGUCACUUCGAAAUCGGGGACCGAAUCAGUUCAUAGUACUUAUGAACAGAAAACUGUCCAAAGAGAUAUUGACAAUCAAGGGAAAGCUUUCAAGAAGCCAGACAAGGUUCUUCCAUGUCCUCGCUGCAAUAGUUUGGAGACAAAGUUUUGCUAUUUCAACAAUUACAAUGUUAACCAACCAAGGCAUUUCUGCAAAAAUUGUCAUAGGUAUUGGACAGCUGGGGGAGCAAUUCGGAACGUUCCUAUUGGAGCCGGUAAGCGUAGAAAUAAGCAUUUGCCAUUGCAGAAUUUUCAAGUUCCUGUUACCGAUGAUGCAGUACCUGUCGUACACACAGAUUCCAUCCCUGCUAGUCACAGGGAAGAAGUUCCUCUUAGUGAAUCACUAGAAACUGUGUUAAAUCUCAAGGGCCAUAGAAAAAUUGAAAUGGACUCUUCUAUUGAAGACCCUUCUAGCUUUUCUGCAACAGCGGCUUAUUCCGGUGAGAAGGUGUACUCCGAAAACGGAAUAGAGCAUGGUGGUUUGACACCACAAUACAAUGGCUUAAUUCCUUUGCAUUCACUUCAUUAUUAUUCUGCUCCUCCGUGGACUUAUCCAUGUUGGAAUUCUAUGCCAUUUAAGCCUGAUAACACAACCUCCAGUCCUGCAACCAUGAUGGCAGUGGAAAUACCAAUGACACCAUCAUCAUAUUGGGGUUGUAUGCCAAAUUGGGUUGGCCAAACGGAAGACUUUAAUGGCAUUCAAUCACCUUCAUCUUCGGUUAGCAGCGGCACAUGUUCCGGUAAUAGGUCACCAACUUUGGGAAAACAUUGUAGAGAUGGAAGUACACAAGCAGAAGAUACAAUGAAACACAAUAUUUGGGUGCCUAAAACUAUCAGAAUCAAUAAUCCGGAAGAGGCUGCAAAGAGUUCUAUAUGGUCAACUUUGAGAUCAAAAUCUCAACAGAACAAACCUAUUAUGAAAGGAGGUGUUUUUAAAUCAUUUGAACCUAAGUCAAAUGCAAGUUCUCGAGAUUUAGAUGAUAAUCAAAUUCUAAGAGCUAACCCUGCUGCUUUCUCUCGCUCCGGAACUUUUCAAGAAAACAUUUAAUAUCCUAACCCAGUCUUGGUAGCCUUUAUUUUUGGAUGAAAUGUUGAGAAUAUCUCCAGGUUCAUUGUUGUCUUUGGCUAAUUCCAUGUAAUUGAAGUUUAAGAAGAUAGCCAUAAUAGAACCGCAGAGGAAAUUUAAGGUUGUAUGUUCUCUGAUCUGUUAGAAUUUCAGUUUUGUGACAGAGAUUGCUCCAUGAUGAAAUAAGAAUUGUUAGUUUUUGCUU